CCAGAUAAACCAGAACAAGAAGAAAACUCCUCUGUGUGUGUGUGUGUGUCUCUCUCUCUCUCUCUAAAGUCCUCUCUCUCUAUAUAAUUAUAUAUAGAAACACACAUAUAUAGUAUAUGUCUAUUUUUUCAAAAAUUUAAAUCUUUGUUUUCUAAAGAAGCAAAGAAAAAAGAAAAAAAGUGUUUGUUUUGAAUUUGUGUUGUUUGGCUGAAAUGGGUAAGCACCACCCCCCUCUGUUUACUAAAACCCUAGACAUAUUUUCUGGGUUUUUGCUGUUCUGCUUUCUCUCUGCAGUUUCCGGGAAAGUGUUCUCCGAGAAAAUAGUUCUUCUCCAGUUCAAGCAGUCCCUCUCUGACCCUUCCGGGCUUCUCUCCAGCUGGAGAAUCGACGGUUCCGACUAUUGUUCGUGGUCCGGCGUCUCAUGCGACUCCAAUUCUAGGGUUUCGUCGAUCAGAAUAGCCGGCAGUGGCUGCAAUGGAGGUAAUCACUGUCACUCAUCUUCUUGUUCCGAGUAUUCGCUUGUUACAUUUAAUGGCUUUGGAAUUGGAAGAAAUUGUUCUGGUAGAAGUGGGAAAUUAGGUGGAAAUUUGUCCCCUGUGAUUGGGAAGCUCACUGAACUUAGGACUUUAUCGCUUCCGUUUAAUGAAAUAGCUAAUGAAAUUCCUAGUGAAAUUUGGGGUUUAAGGAACCUUGAAGUGCUUGAUCUUGAGGGGAAUUUCAUUUCUGGGAAUUUGCCCCAUGAAUUCAAGGGUUUGAGGAAACUGUGUAUUCUUAACCUCGGAUUUAAUAGGAUUUCCGGGGAGAUUCCUAUUUCACUUUCAAAAUGUAGGGGUUUAAGGAUAUUAAAUUUAGCUGGAAAUGAAGUGAAUGGUACGAUUCCUGAGUUUGUUGGUACUUUUUCUAAGUUGAAAGGGUUUUAUUUGUCAUUUAAUCGGUUAGUUGGCUUGGUUCCGUAUGAAUGGGGAACUAAAUGUCAGAAUCUUCAACAUAUCGAUCUGUCCGGUAAUUUCAUAAAGGGGAAAAUUCCGCCUAGUUUGGGAAAUUGUAGUCGAUUACAGACACUUCUGUUGUUUUCGAAUUUGUUGGAUGGUGCUAUUCCUCGUGAGCUUGGUCGGCUUUCAAGGCUUGAGGUUCUAGAUGUUUCGAGGAAUACCCUUGGUGGUCCUAUCCCUGUGGAGCUUGGACAUUGUGUCAGAUUGUCGGUUCUUGUCCUGUCAAGUCUUUUUGAUCCACUAGGUGGAGAGGCGGCGUUUGGAUUACCUAGAUCUGCGAGGAAUGAUUAUAAUUCUUUCCAAGGAUCCAUUCCUGUGGAAAUUACGAUGCUUCCAAAGCUGCAAAUUGUUUGGGCUCCAAAUGCAAAUCUUGAAGGCAAGUUUCCGAGCAAUUGGGGUCGUUGUCAUAGCUUAGAAAUGGUGAACUUAGCUCAGAAUUCUUUUACUGGAGAAUUCUCUGGGGUGUUUGGAGCAUGCAAGAACCUGCAUUUUCUCAAUUUGAGCUCAAACAGGCUCACUGGGGAGCUUAAUGGAAAACUUCCAAUUCCUGGUAUGGCUGUCUUUGAUGUUAAUGAAAACCUCAUGUCAGGAUCAAUCCCUAAUAUUAAUGACAGCAUUUGCUCUCAUAUACCUUCCUUGGAAUCGGAUCUUUUCCGGUGUUACAACCCAUCCAUUGCUUAUCUAUUGUUCUUUACAUAUAAAGCUUGCUUUGAAAAGCCUUUGCCAUUUUCCGGUUCCAGAUUUUUAAUGGUUCACAAUUUUGGUGUAAACAAUCUUACUGUAUCACCUUCAGGACUGCAUGGUGGCAGUGAGUCACAAAAUAUUUCAGCUUCUCAAUCCGAAAGUGACUCUGGGAGUGGGAAACAAGGAAUUAAUUCUAUUGAGGUUGCAUCCAUAGUGUCUGCAUCAGCCAUUGCUGCUGUUCUUCUGGCUCUUGUCAUCCUCUUCUUUUACAUAAGAAAACGGGUACCAAAUUCUAGGGUUCAAGUUUUAGAACCUUCCAUCUCUAGUACAGGGGAAAUAAUAGUUUUCCAUGACAUGGGGGUAGUAUUGACCUUUGAAAAUGUUGUUCGGGCGACAGGGAAUUUCAAUGCAAGCAACUGCAUUGGCAGUGGUGGUUUUGGCGCCACUUACAAAGCCGAAAUAUGUCCAGGAUCCAUAGUGGCUGUAAAGAGGCUUACAAUGGAAAGGUGCCAAGGUAUUCCACAGUUCCAUGCUGAGAUUACGGCCCUUGGAAGGAUAAGACACCCUAACCUCAUAACUUUGAUAGGUUACCAUGUCAGUGAAGCAGAGAUGUUCCUCAUCUAUAAUUAUCUGCCAGGAGGUAAUUUGGAAAAAUUUAUCAAGGAAAGAGCCAAAAGAGCUGUUAGCUGGAAAAUAAUUCACAAGAUUGCUCUAGAUAUUGCCAGUGCACUUGCUUAUCUGCAUGACGAGUGUAAUCCACGUGUAUUACACCGUGAUGUCAAGCCGAGUAAUAUUUUGUUGGAUGAUGACUUCAAGGCUUAUUUGUCAGACUUUGGGUUGUCUAGACUUCUAGGAAUUUCCGAAACCCAUGCAACAACUGGUGUAGCAGGAACAUACGGUUAUGUAGCACCAGAAUAUGCUCUGACAUGUCGUGUAACUGAGAAGGCAGAUGUUUACAGCUAUGGCGUAUUGCUGCUUGAGUUGAUUUCAGAUAAAAGAGCUUUGGAUCCUUCAUUUGCUACACAUCAUGAUGGUUUUAAUAUCGUCUCAUGGGCAUGCAUGCUACUACAAGAAGGUCAGGCGAAGGAGGUCUUCACUGCUGGUCUAUGGGAUGUUGGUCCGCAUGACAACAUGGUGGACGUGCUGCACUUGGCUGUUAGUUGCACUGCUGAUAGCUUCUCUACCCGGCCUACAAUGAAGCGAGUUGUCCAACGGCUGAAGCAACUUCAACCUCCUUCAAGCUAGCCAGAUAAUGAGGCUCCUGGAUUGUUACAUUCAAAUAUCAAGUGGUGAAGCAGACUUGUAAUUUGGAAUUUUGCACCCAGUCUCAUGCAUCUCUCAAAUUUUGCUCCAAGGUUAUGUGAUUUGAAGUGACUCUGUCGGACACGUCAAACCCAUGUGAAACCCUAGCAAUGCUGCCUCCUCAUAGAGUCCUAAAGUUCUCAACUGUUUGUCCCUUCCCUGGUCUCAUCUUUUCGAUUUUUCAGGCUAUGCGAAAGUGCAGAGAAUGGAAUGCAUUCUAAUCAGUAGUCAUGCUAACGAUUAGUAAGGAACUGAUCUUUCUGUGAACUAUGGUUCAAAGAAAGCCCCUGCGUAACAAAGUUUUGGCUUGCACAAUUUUGAUCACGUUCAUAGAUAUGGUACAUGAUCACACUCGUUCUCUAGUAUACAGUAGCCUGAGCAGAACUUUACCUACUCAUUCUUAAAACCAGCAUUCUUAAGACCAAAAGGUCGGGCCAAAUAGGAGGGGAAAGCUCUUUGUUCCUGGUUCUCCUGUAGCUGGAGUUGAAUAUUCAAGUAUCAAAAGUUCGUUUGUUUUACGUUGUAUGUGUAUACUUAAAAUUACUAAUGGAGGAAAUAACGAUGCGGAAAAUAACACAGGAAUUUUCUACAAUGACUGUAGGACAGAUUGAAGAAAUUUGGCGCAGUUUGGUAACACUACCUUUGUGUUUCAGGAACAGAAUGUCAUCAUAUUAAACUUUUUUUUUCUUUUUUUUUUUUUUGUUUCUGCAAAGGUAAACAACUGCAGUAACUUGACUCGAGAAGCCUCAAUUCUAAAGGGAUCAUCAAAUUGUUAGAUGUGAAAGUAACUAUACAAAUUGUUAAUCACUACACUGUGUGUGUAAAGAUAACCUGCUACCAUCCUAUGUUCUACCGAAUCCAGAUCAUCUCAUGUGCGACAACUUGUGUCUCUUUACGUCACCUAUACAAUAACUUCAUAUCGCUUAUGUAACAACUACGUUACAUUGUUAUUUUAUGAUAUUCCACUUUGUCAUGAAACUAUUGCUCUACGAUAUAGUGCAUUGCUCUACCGAA